UGAAGUGUUUAGUGUGUUUUUAGAUUGUGUUCAGUUUUGUAAAAAUCGUUUUACAUAAGUUAACAGCUCCUCACAUUAUUUAACCGACUUGCUGGAGUUUAUCACGAAAACAUGGAGAACGUUCCUGCGGAUUGCAAUGCAUUGAUACCAAUGCUUCAUUCUAUUGAUCAAGAACAUUAUUUACCUACAAAUCUUCAAUUCCCCGUUAACUCGCACCAAAACGUGGUUUAUGCGCAAUAUCCUGUUCCGUAUCAGACACCAACAUGGCCGCUCCAGCCAACGUUUAUGGACAUGUCUCAAAUGCCACAGAUGCCUCAAUGCCCUAUACGAUUUACCGAUAUGCAAGUCACAAUGGGAAAAGAAGCAAGUGACGUAACCGCUGUGCAAUCGAAAGAAAUGUACAACAUCAACUGUACAACUGAUCAGAGCCGCAGGACAAUUAAAACGAGUUAUAUCAGAACCAAUAUGACGUCAUCCGCUAACGUUAACCAUCUGGGAGUUUUUCCUAAACAAAUACUGCAACCGCCGAGCGUUGAAUCAUCUGUCGCAGAGCAAUCGAUCUCCAACCGUUUCAAAAAUAUCCCACACCAGCUGGUAAGUACGGUCGUCAGUGGUCAGUCAAAGAAUUUGCCUCUAAGCUGUUCAAUGACCAAUGCGAAGAUAGAACAACCAAUGAAAGAAACCAAGGUAGAGGACUCGGGCGCUUCACUUGAGUGCAAAGCCACACUUUAUCAAAUCAAGGAUGUAGUAGCAACUAAUCAAGAAAAUAUCGGGAACUGCGAAAACACAUCUUUUACGCCAAUAAGGAACUCGGAACAAGUAGAAGGAGAAAAGUCAGCUAGCGACAAUAAAUCAACAGUUGAUACGAAGCCAAGUGGUGACGCAAGGCUGACUAGCGAAGUUCAAUCGGAAAACACAUUUCAGGAGGUCAAAUUCAUUCGCAUGACCACGGAGGUAGUUGACACAAAUGUAAACAACCUCAACACUUCAUGCGAUAAAGACGAGGUAACUGAUUCUACUAAAGAACCCGAGAUCUCUCUUCCGAGUUGCAUCCAAAAACUUAAUAAACCUCCAGUUAGAGUCCUAAACGAAUCACUUCGUUGCCACACGUGUGACGUUUAUGUCAAUUCUGAAAAUCAAAUGAAACAGCACGUUAAAAGCUUGAGGCACAAAAGCGUCGCGCAAGGAAUCCCAAUUCCACCCAAGCCAAUAAAAGACGAAAAAGUUAAAGUCAAAUCGGACCAAUACAGAUGCACAGUUUGCAAAGUAUGUCUCAACUCAUAUAUUCAAAUGACACAGCACUUAUCGAGUCUAAGGCACAAAAACAUGCUGGAGGGAAAACCACAAAAACCACGUUGGUGUCCUUAUGAAAGAAACCCACCCAGUGCAUUAACCUCAAUGAGUGUACCGUUUCCUAAAUCGUAUCUAUCGCCUUAUUUCAUUCGUUCAAACACGAUCGGUGGACAACAAGUAUCAAGCAUGGCGACAUCACUAUUGGACAUGCAAGGAUCAGCCGAGAGUUUGCUGCUUCCCCAACAUUACAUGAACGCAUUGACUGGCAGUUCCUAUAUGAAAGACACACCGAUUGUUUUAUCAGAAAACCGCUACGUUGAGGCACGAGAAGUUGCUUACAUUGCAUGUCAACCAAGUUUCCCAAGCUUACCGUUACAACCUCUACCACAAAUUCUCGAUUUUUCGUGAUGCAAGCUAAAUUGAGCACCAUUUCCAUUUAUACUUCCUAUUAUUUAACUUUAGUAUCUUGUUUGUAGUAAUAGCUUAGAACUAUACUGGGUCAUUUGUUCAGUACUGCCCCGAACCACGAAUAUAAUUUGCUAAUUAAAUACGUUUGUAUUUUACAUACCCGCAUAUAAAUUCGGAAUAUAUUCUUACAAUUUCUUUA